CUUGGAGUUACCAAUUCUGGGUCUUCUGCUCAGCAAGGUGCAAGGCGACAUCACCACCACGCUUCUGUAAACUGUGCACCCUCACCCCCGACAUUGCCUCUACUCGCUAUCCUGAUUGACGCGGUCGAGCUUUACGAUAUUACGAAACGAUCCCAACCGUAUACCCUUUUAAUCCACCCAUUCACCCGCGUAAAGCCUGUUGGCACACUCGCUUCGCGUCACUGAGCGGCGUCUAAGUCGCGACUGCGCUGAAGCUGUCCCUUUCGCAAAACUCAACAUCCCGACUUGCGCAAACGACCACCACGAUCCGCCCACAGUUGCGCAACCGCUUUUGGCUUGCGCUUCCUCGACCGCUCCCCAUGUGGCCAAUUCAUAGGCUUCACUGGCACAGCUCAUAGCCAUGUCGGGCAGCGUGCUGGAGGAGGCCGUGAAGCGGCUCGUCUCUCCGGAGACGGACCCGAAGCAGAAGCUGGAGUCGGCGACUAACCUUCGCGACACACUGGACCACUACACCUCGGGCCUCGCCAUCUACCCCCAGUUCCUCAAGCGGGUUAUGCCCGCUUUCAUCAACAUCUUGAGGGGACCAUGCAUAUUCCAGAGCGCCGCACCAGAGCAGAGGCUACGAAACUGCGUCCUCGAAAUCCUGCACCGACUGCCGACCACCCCGAGCCCCGCCGAGCCCUUCGAACCGUAUGCCGAUGAGGUGGUUGACCUGCUGAUGGGCCUCGUACGCACCGACAACGAAGAAAAUGCCACUCUGUGCGUCAAGAUAAUAUCCGACAUCAUGCGCCACCAGCACAAGAUCAUGGCCGGGAAGGUCCAGCUCUUCCUCUCCCUGAUCCAGGAGCUCUUCGAGCAGAUGGAGCGCGUUGUUCACGAGCAGCUCGACAACGGCUCGGCCGUCGCUAGCGCCCCGGGCGGCCCGUCCACCCCGUCCAGCUCGCAGACCACCUUCCAGCAGUCCGGCCCUGCAUCACCGGUGGCGCCGGCGCCUGAUUUCGACCAACAGCAGAAUUCGAGACCGCUUCUUCGGGGGAUGCAAUCGUUCAAGGUGCUGUCCGAGUGCCCCAUAAUAGUCGUGUCCAUCUUUCAGGUGUAUCGCAACACGGUGCCCCAGAACGUCAAGGCCUUUGUGCCCCUGAUCAAGGGCGUCUUGUGUCUCCAGGCCAAGGCGCAGGAGCAGGCGCACGCCGAGGCGGCCGCCAAGGGCACCAUCUUUGCGGGCGUGAGCCCGGGUAUCAAGAACCGGGCCGCGUUUGGCGACUUCAUCACGGCCCAGGUCAAGACCAUGAGCUUCCUGGCGUAUCUGCUUCGCCAGUACUCGCAGCAGCUGACCGACUUCCUGCCAACUCUCCCCGACAUUGUGGUGCGCCUGCUCAAGGACUGCCCGCGCGAGCGUUCCAGCGCGCGGAAGGAGCUGCUCGUCGCGAUCCGCCACAUUAUAAACUUUAAUUUUAGGAAGAUCUUCCUGCCCAAGAUCGACGAGCUGCUCGAGGAGAGAACCCUGAUCGGCGACGGCUUGACCGUGUACGAAACGAUGCGUCCUCUCGCGUAUAGCAUGUUGGCUGAUCUCAUCCACCACGUGCGCGACAACCUCUCGCCAGCCCAGAUCCGCAAGACGGUCGAGGUCUACACCAAGAACCUGCAGGACAACUUCCCCGGCACGAGCUUCCAGACCAUGAGCGCGAAGCUGCUGUUGAACAUGGCCGAGUGCAUCGCCAAGAUGCCGAACAAAGUGGACGCUCGCCACUAUCUCAUCAUGAUCCUCAACGCCAUCGGUGACAAGUUUGCCGCCAUGAACAGGCAAUAUGAGAAUGCGGUCAAGCUCUCCGAGGCCUUCCGGAAGCAGGAGGGCACCCAGGAAACUUACCUUGCACACAAGGACCAGCGCCCCGAGUGGGACGAGAUCGACAUCUUUAAUGCAAUGCCCAUCAAGACGUCUAACCCCCGUGACAGGGGGACGGACCCCGUAGUGGACAACAAGUUUCUGUUCAAGAAUCUGAUGAACGGCCUUAAAAACACGUUUUAUCAGCUCAAGUUCUGCAACCCUGGCCAAGUCAUCGACCCCGCCAAGGCGCCGCAGCACUGGCAGGAUGUCAGCUACGGCUUCACCGCCGAGGAGGUGCAGGUCAUCGUCAAGCUCUUCCGGGAAGGCGCCUAUGUAUUUAGGUACUACGAAGCUGAGAAGCCCGUCCCUGACGCGAGCUCGACGUCGUCGGUCGAGAUGGCGAGUCUCUACAUGGUUUCUAGCGGAAAGGAGGAGAAAGACCUGCUGGAGACCUUCGCCACCGUCUUCCACUGCAUCGAUCCGGCCACAUUCCACGAAGUCUUCCAACAGGAGAUGCCGCGUCUGUACGAGAUGAUUUUCGAUCACCACGCCCUCCUUCACAUCCCGCAGUUUUUCCUCGCCAGCGAAGCCACCUCGCCCAGUUUUUGCGGCAUGCUUCUACGCUUCCUGAUGGAGCGCAUCGAGGACAUCGGGUCAGCAGAUGUCAAAAAGUCUUCAAUUCUCCUGAGGUUGUUCAAGCUCGCUUUCAUGGCUGUCACCCUGUUCGCUACCCAGAACGAACCGGUCCUGCUCCCGCACGUCCUGGACAUUGUCACCAAGAGCAUUGACCUCUCAACCCGCGCCGAGGAGCCCAUGAAUUACUUCCUCUUGCUGAGGUCUCUCUUUAGGAGCAUUGGUGGUGGGAAGUUCGAGCAACUCUAUAAGCAGAUACUGCCGCUUCUCGAGAUGCUCCUGGAUGUGCUCAACAAUCUCCUCAUGGCAGCCCGGAAGCCGAUGGAGCGGGAUCUCUACGUCGAGCUGUGCUUGACCGUGCCCGCCCGUCUUAGUAACCUGCUUCCUCAUCUCAGCUAUUUGAUGAGACCACUGGUGGUGGCCCUUCGCGCCGGCACGGAACUAGUCGGCCAGGGGCUGCGCACGCUUGAGUUGUGUGUUGACAACUUGACUGCGGAUUAUCUGGACCCGAUAAUGGCCCCGGUUAUCGAUGACCUGAUGACGGCCCUGUUCGAGCACCUGAAGCCGCACCCGUACAGCCACUUCCACGCGCAUACAACCAUGAGGAUUCUAGGCAAGCUCGGCGGCCGUAAUCGCAAGUUCAUGACGGAUGCGCUGCCCGUCACCUUCCAGCAGUAUGUGGAUGAUCGGUCAAGCAUCGACCUUCGGCUCAUAGGAUCCAAGAAGGAUAGAGCAUUCCCGGUGGAUAUUGGCGUCGAGCUCGCCAUCCAGAAGUUGAUGGAGGUGCCGAAGCCGGGAAAGGGUCCUCCAACCUCGAAGCAGUCGGACGCGUACUACACCAAGCACGCCCUGCACUUCAUCAUCGCGCAGGUGAAGCUUAGGAUAGGCAUUGAUCAGCUUGCGGACGAUGUCUCACGCCAAAUACGCCUCCAGGCCCAGGACCUGCUGGCGAAGAAGGUCGAUGGCGAUUUCUCGGCCUUCGAGUCCAACGACCGUAUGCGUUCGAUUCGUAAGAACGAGGAGCAGGGUGAUAUGCUCAAGAGGCUCCUCAAGGCCCUCUUCUUCGCCCAGUCUCUGCCCGAAUAUGCCGCCGACAUGGACCUGUUCUUGAUGAACAUCUGCCGGCACUUCACCAUCAUCGAGGUGGGCAGGGGUCUGCAGGAGCUCAAGCGCGCGUCUAACACUUCCUUUGUCGUCGAGGCUGGAGAAGGACCUCUCUUUCUCGACACGCGGGUCCUCUCCGACGCGAUUCUCGACUCGCUGGCUUCGGAGCACCCCGACAUCCGCGCCGCCGCUCAGCGCGCAAUUUGCGAGGUGUUCAAGACGACCGCCAUCAUCUUCGGUUCCGAGACCCAAGUCGGCCGCUUGCCUUUCUUCAACCACCUUGCGUCGGCUUUCUGCCACGGGUGUUACGAGGAGGAGUGGUUCACGAAGAUGGGUGGCACCCUCGGGAUCCACACCCUCUUGACCGAGGUCGACCUUGGUGAUGCGUUUGUUUCUGGGAGACAAAUGGACUACAUCCGCGCUCUCAUGCACGUGGUCAAAGACAUGCCCCAGGAUCUGCCCGAGAAGACGCGCCGGUCCGCACAGGAGACCUUGGACGUUCUCCUGCAGCGGAUAACCAAAGACAUCAAGAAGGAGGAUGUCCUCGCGGCGCCCAGCCAGCCCGGCCAGCCACAGCCGCGUCUUCCCCGCAUGGCCCAGGUCUGCCACGCGCUGAAUAACGAGCUGUCGCAUAUGAACCGACACGUUCGUGAGACGGCCAAGCGCCUGCUGGAGAUCAUCGCAAAAGCCACGGGCGCCGAGGUCUGGGAGCUCAUCGAGCCCUACAAGGACCGGCUACUCGCCCCAAUCUACAGCAAGCCUCUGCGGGCGCUCCCGUUUGCGGUGCAGAUAGGCUACAUCGACGCCGUGACGUACUACAUGACGCUCAAGAGCGACUUUGUCCAAUUCGACGAUCAUCUGAAUAGGCUGCUCAUGGAAUCUUUGGCACUCGCCGACGCGAGUGACGAGUCUCUUGCCGGCAAGCCCGGCGAGUUUCGCACCCACGAGUACAUUGUCAACCUGAGAGUGUCUUGCAUCAAGAUCCUCAAGACGGCAAUGGGGUUUGAGGAGUUCGCCAAGGGCCCCAACGACAGGCAUCGUACAAAAAUAGUGUCCGUAUUUUUCAAGUGCCUGUACCAGGAGCCGAGGCCGACCAUUGAGGCCGCCAACGAUGCCUUGAAGGGCGUCCUGUCGCCCACCAAUAAGCUCCCCAAGGAGCUCCUCCAGUCAGGACUACGACCGGUCUUGGCUAGUCUCCAGAACGCCAAGCAGUUGACGGUCCACGGCCUAGACAACCUGGCAAGACUUCUCAGGCUCCUCACUUCGUAUUUCAAGGUAGAAAUCGGCUCGCGGCUGCUGGAGCACACCAAGUCUCUCGUCGAUCCCGCCUCCCUGCAGCAGAUCUCGUUCACAUUUUUUGAGCAGCACCCGACAAUGAAGGUCAUAGCAGCGGUUUUUAACAUCUUCCACCUGCUUCCACCGGCCGCCGACGUGUUUCUCGAGCGCGUGAUCGACACCGUCCUUGACCUCGAGGAGAAGUUGCGGCGGACCCACUGCAGCCCCUUCCGGGCGCCGCUGUACAAGUAUCUUAACCGUUAUCCCAACCAGGUCUGGGGCUUGCUGCUUGGCAAGAUCGACAACAUCAAGUACGGGCGAUUCCUGUCGCAGGUGCUGCGGGACGCAGAGAGCCAGCCCAUUCGGGACCACGCCAGCAGCCACGUGGACGAGCUGAUACGCGCUUGCAGCACCGUUAUCAACGACGGGCGCGAGACGAGAUACGCCGCCAUCAUUGAGACCAUCAACGUGCUAGACGCGCUCUCAGGCUGGCCGGACUCCAAAUCCUGGAUGGAGCGGAGGGAGCACCUUACAUGGCUCAAACAGAAUGGCAAGGAUCUCGAGAAGCACCUGCGCAGUAACGAUUUGCCCCCCGAGCUGCGCCUUGCCGCCAGCCAGGCCGGCGAGCAGCUCAUCGAGAUCCUGACCAAGUCCCUGGAGCAAGCGCCCAAAGAUCUCGAUGCCUUUUUCAGCCUGGUCGACGCCGUUACGAACGACGAGUUCAGGAUGACGCAGCCGUUGCUCUCAUAUAUCUACAAGGGCAUCAUUUGCAACGAGUCGAUCGAGUUCUGGAGGACCAUUGUCCUGAGGUGCCUGGACUUGUACUCUGGCCGUGCCGCGUCGCAGAAGACAAAGCGUUUCCUGCUGCAUUCCAUCGUCAACCCCAUCGUGGCUAUGGAUGUGAUGCGCCACUGGGAUCAGCCGGAGCAAGGGGGCGGCCCGCGCCUCAUGGACCGAACCGUGAUCGAGUCUAUUAACAGCAAGAUCUGGAAGGUGAACUUGGGAGACGCUCAAGAGGAUCUCUUGCAGCCUGGAAUUGACCACACGCGCAUGGAGGUGCUGCAGCUGUCGGCCAUGCUGGUCAAGUAUCACCACGCCAGUCUUCAGGACGCUCGCAAGGAUAUCAUCCGGUUCGGCUGGGCGUACAUUCGUCUGGAGGACGUCAUCAACAAGCACGCAGCGUACGUGGUCAUCUCGUACUUCAUUGCCCAGUACGAUACACCCGCGAAGAUUGUCAGUCAGAUAUACUUUGCGCUGCUCAAAACGAGCCAGAACGAGGGCCGCGUGCUCGUGACGCAGGCACUUGAGCUGCUGGCCCCCGUCCUCCCAAGGCGCUGUCCAACGCGGCCGGAUGACCGCAACGCCGUCUGGGCGGUGGCUCCGCGCCGUAUCCUCGCUGAAGAGGGUCAGAAUGUGCAGCAGAUGACGAGCAUCUUCCAGUUUCUCGUCAAGCACCCUAACCUCUUCUACGAAGCCCGCGAGAAGUUUGCGCUCCUCCUGAUCCAGUCGCUCCGCAAGGUUGCGGCACCUCCCAACCCGUCCAACGAAAGCAAGAAGCUCGCCCUUAACAUGAUGUGGCUCAUUUGGGAAUGGGAGAAGCGCCGGGUCGAGGGUGUAGAGUCCUCGUCGGGAACCAGCCGCGCGUUGUCGGAGUCUCCGACCACCAAGAAGCGGAGGCUCGACACCGAGAUGGCUACCUCGUCGCCCCCGACAACCAGGACCGAGAGGGCUGAGUUCCUGAUCCCGCCAAUGGCGCGUCAAAAGAUGGUUCGGUACCUGGUCGAGUUCAUUGCUCAGCUGAGCGAGCGGUACCAGCUGCCGUCUGCCAAGCCGAGGGAUAUGGCAUCUACUCCCGGCCCGACUCUGCCUCCGCCUUCGACGGACAUGUGCAAGCGGGCAAUGCAGCUGCUGUACAACCUGCUGCAGCCGCAGUACUGGGGCGAUCUGGACGUCGAUCUUUUCCCCAACGUCACCGAGAUCAUCCUCGCGAGUGAUAAGACAAGCAGCAUCUUGGCGGCGGAUCCCACAGACAAGGAGAAGUUUGACGACAAGUUUCUCACAAACAUCAUCAACACUCUGCAGGUCGUCCGCAUCAUCCUCAACACCAAGUCGGACGAAUGGGUUCUUAAGAACAUGGAAAAGAUCCAGAAGGUACUCGAGAAGUGCCUCAAGUCGGAGAACCCCGAGAUUCAAGACUGCCUGCACUUGGCCGAUCCCAAGUAUGACGACGACCGCGACAUCCGGCCAACCCUCAAGCGCGUCCUCGAUGCCGUCCCCGUACCGUCUGACGAUGUGCAGAUGGAGGACGCCGAUGGCGAGGGCGAGUCAGAGAGCCAGUCCUCGGAGGUGGUGAACUUUCUUUCCGGCAUUGCGACCGAGGCCAUGGCCGCGUCCAAUUAUGUGUCGGGCAUCAACAUCAUUUGGUCGCUCGGGAACCGCGACCCGUCUUCGGUCGACCCCCACAUCCCAGCGCUCAUGAAGUCGCUGCAGGUCAAGCUGGCCCGCGAGCACGUCUCCCACUUCCAGGCCAAGAUGAGCAUCAGCAUGGGCCAGAGACCGACUGACGCUUCGGUCAUUGAGAUGGCCCCGUACGACCUCGAGAUCCAGAGCGGCCUUAUUCUCAAGGCGGUCGAGGUCGUGGCCAAGCGCAUGGAGAUUCUUGGCGACAACAGGCGGCCAUUCCUUAGUGUCCUCGCGUCCCUGGUUGACAAGUCCUUGAACAUCCCGCUGUGCGACAUGAUCCUCAAGAUGGUGGAGAACUGGGUGUUCCGCUCCGAGGGCACCUGGCCGACGCUCAAGGAGAAGUGUGCUGUACUCCACAAGAUGCUGUCGUUUGAGCAGCGCCAGGACCCGACGAUGCUCCAGCGCUUCUUGGAGCUGGUCAUUCGCAUUUACGAAGACCCCAAGAUCGCCCACACGGAGUUGACGGUGCGGCUCGAGCAUGCGUUCCUCAUAGGGACCAGGGCGCAGGACGUAGACAUGCGCAACCGGUUCAUGGCCAUUUUCGACAAGAGUCUGCCCAAGGUCGCGACGGUCCGGCUCGGUUACGUGAUCAAGUCGCAGAACUGGGACACGCUGGCCGACUCGUACUGGCUCAGCCAGGCGACGCAGCUCCUACUAGGUGCGGUCGAGCUUAACACGCCGACGCAGCUGCACCAGGAGGACUUCCGCAUCGUGCCCGUGUCGCAGCGGUUCAGCAACUACGCCAAGGACCCGAGGGAGCCCGGCACCAUGGCGGACGACAAGUACGACAGCCUCAUGGCGCGCCAUCGCAAGUUCGUCGCGGAGCUCGGCGACGUGAGGGUCCGCGACAUCAUCGAACCGCUGUCCCAGCUGCAGCACACGGACCCUGCCCUCGCCCACCAGCUCUGGGUCGCCCUGUUCCCCAUGUACUGGGCAGCAACCCUCCGCGAGGAGCGGUCAGAUCUGGAGCGCGGCAUGGUGCAGCUGCUCACGAAAGACUUUCAUGCACGGCAGAUCGACAAGCGCCCGAACGUGGUGCAGUCCCUCCUGGAAGGCGCGGCAAAGGCUUGGCCCGAGUGUAAGAUGCCGCCGCAUGUGCUCAAGUACGAAGCUAAGACCUUUGAUGCGUGGUACACGGCGCUCUGCCAGCUGGAGAAGGCGGCGGUUCUCCCCGAGGUCGACUCGACCAACGCCAGGGAAAGCAACCUCGAUGCCCUCACAGAGCUGUACGCGCUACUGCAAGAGGACGACCUUUUCUACGGCACCUGGCGAAGGCGUUGCCAGUUCCUCGAGACGAACUCGGCUCUCUCGUACGAGCAGAACGGCAUGUGGGACAAGGCGCAAAAAGGCUACGAGGCCGCGCAGAUCAAGGCGCGCACGGGCGUGAUCCCCUUCUCGCAGGCCGAAUACAUGCUCUGGGAGGACCACUGGGUGCUCUGCGCGCAGAAGCUGCAGCAAUGGGACAUUCUGCAGGACUUUGCCAAGCACGAGAACUUCCAGGAUCUUCUGCUCGAGUGCGCCUGGAGGAACACGGAGAUGUGGACUAACCAGGACCACCGCGAGGCUCUUGACAACCUCAUCAAGGGCGUCAUGGACGCGCCGACGCCGAGAAGGGCCUUCUUCCAGGCCUUCAUGUCCCUGCUCAAGCUCCACAGCAAGCAGGAGAGCCUGCCCGAGUUUACGCGUGUCUGCGACGAGGCCAUACAGCUAUCCAUAAGGAAGUGGCACCAACUGCCUCGUCGCUUCACGGCCGCGCACAUACCGCUUCUCCAGAACUUCCAGCAGCUGGUCGAGUUGCACGAUGCUAGUGUUAUCUGCGCAAGCCUAGCUAGCACCUCGCUGCAGAACCUGGACAGCAAGUCUAGUGAGCUUAAGCUGCUCCUCGGUGCGUGGCGCGACAGGCUCCCCAACACGUGGGACGACAUCACGACGUGGCAGGACCUUGUCACGUGGAGGCAGCACAUCUUUGGCCUAAUCAACAGCACGUACAUACCGUUGCUACCGCCGCAGAACCAGCAGACUGGCGGGUCGACGUUUGCGUAUCGGGGCUACCACGAGACGGCGUGGAUCAUCAACCGGUUCGCGCACGUGGCGCGCAAGCACAGUCUUCCCGAUGUAUGUGUGGGUCAACUGAGUCGCAUCUAUCUGCUGCCGAACAUCGAGAUCCAGGAGGCAUUCCUGAAGCUGCGUGAGCAGGCCAAGUGCCACUUCCAGAACCCAGAAGAGCUCACCAACGGCCUCGAAGUGAUCAACAAUACCAAUCUCAACUACUUCAGCGCGCCGCAAAAAGCAGAAUUCUACACGCUCAAGGGCAUGUUCCUCGAGAAGCUCAAGCAGAAGGACGAGGCGGACCACGCUUACGGCACGGCAUUGUAUUUCGAUAUCACCGCAGCAAAGGCCUGGGCAGAGUGGGGGUACUUCAACGAGCGCAGGUUCAAGGAGGAGCCCACAGACCUGCAGUCGGCCCGCCAGGCGCUUACCUCGUACCUGCAGGCCGCGGGAAGCUACCGCAGCGCCAAGUCGCGGAAGCUGCUUUCUCGCAUCCUGUGGCUGCUGAGCUUGGACGACCCCAAGGGCACCAUCGCGGCCGGGUUCGACGACUUUAAGGGUGACACGCCUACGUGGUACUGGAUCACCUUUAUCCCGCAGCUCCUGACGGGUCUGGGCCACAAGGAGGCGGCGAGGGUACACUCCAUCUUGCUUAAGAUCGCAAAGUCGUACCCGCAAGCGCUUUACUUCCAGCUCCGCACCAACCGUGAGGACAUGAUAGCCAUCAAGAAGAACCAGGAGGUCAAGGAGAGGCUCCAGCGGCAGAAGCUGCAGGCUGCCAACGCGGCGGCUGCGGCGAGCAAGCAGCCCAGUGCGUCGCCGUCGCUGACCAGGGCCGAGACGCCCGCCUCCAAUACUGCAAGGGCAGAGUCUGGCACGCCGAGGCCCGGUACGGCCAACGGGGAACAAGUUAAGAGCGAGGCUGCAGAGGGCGAGGGCGCUGCGGCGACGCCUGCACCACAGGUGUCUUCGUCGUCCACGCCUGCACCCCCGAAUGCCGCCGCGGCAGCAACAGCGGCAUCGGCAUCAGCCGCAACGCCCACGGCGGCCAAUGGGGCCCCUGCUCCUAGCGAUCAGCAGCAAACGGGCGGCGGCCAGAAGCGGCCCCCGUGGGAGCUGACCGAGGAGAUCAUGAGCGUCCUGAAGACGGCAUUUCCGCUACUGGCGCUGUCGAUGGAGACGAUGGUGGACCAGAUCCAUAAGAACUUCAAGUGCCCGCCGGACGAAGAUGCGUACCGGCUCAUCGUGGCGCUCCUGAACGACGGACUGGCCUACGUCAGCCGCAUGCCAACGUCGUACGCCAAGGACGUCAAGCUGCCGGCACCGACUGAGACGAACAUAACGCGUUUCGCUGAGACGAUAUUGCCGCCCCACACGCGCCCGACGUUCGAAGCAGAGUUUGUCAAGGUUAAACCCACCAUGUACGAGUAUAUCCAAAAGCUACGAAGGUGGCGCGAUAAGUUCGAGGAAAAACUCGACCGGCGGGUUUGCCAUGCCAACCUGGAGUCGUUCUCGCCACAUCUAAGCGAGUUCAGAUACCAGAAGUUCGACGACGUCGAGGUACCCGGGCAGUAUCUCCAGCACAAGGACCGGAACCAGGACUUUGUCCGGAUUGAGCGGUUCCUCCCCAACGUGGACCUUGUUCGCACGAUCGGCGGGUCGCAUCGACGGCUCAAAAUGCGCGGCCACGACGGCAGUGUUCACUGUUUCGCGAUCCAACAUCCCGCGGCCAGGCACUGUCGUCGUGAGGAGCGAAUCCUACAGCUGUUCCGGCAGCUCAACGUGAGGCUCGGCCGUAAGAAGGAGAGCCGGAAGCGGGAUCUGCAGUUUACGCUUCCACUCAUGGUGCCGCUGGCGCCGCACAUCCGCAUAGUACAGGAGGACACGACGUACAUGACGCUGCAGGGGAUGUACGAGGACCACUGCCGACGCAACGGCAUGGCCAAGGACGAGCCCGUCAUGUUUACUAUGGAUAGACUACGGGGUCUUGUGGACACCAAGCCAGGAGUUGUAAGUGGAGGCGACGCCGGAGUGGUGGAGGUUGAGAAGCAGCAGCGGCUAACCAGGCACGGUUUCGAGGGGGUACAGAAGAACUCUGAGCAGCACACAGCGGCUCGGCUGGAGGUGUUCACGGCCAUCCGCGACAAGUGGGUGCCGCACACGGUGGCGCUCGAGUACGUGCAGGCGGCGUACCCGGACUUUGCCGAAUUCUGGCUGUUCCGGCGGCGCUUCUCGUACCAGCUGGCGGCACUCACGUUCAUGACGUACAUACUCUACAUCGACAAGCGCUACCCGCACAAGAUCAACAUCGCGCGGGGCUCGGGCAACAUCUGGGGCUCGGAGCUCAUGUCGUUCAUGACGCCGCAGCGGCCCAUCUUCCUGAACACGGAGCCGGUGCCGUUCCGGCUCACGCCCAACCUGCAGACGCUCAUGGGCCCGCUCGCGACCGAGGGCAUCUUCAGCGCGGCCAUGAUGGCGAUCGCGCGGUGCCUGACGGAGCCCGAGCACGAGCUGGAGCACGCGCUGACGCUGUUUGUGCGGGACGAGGUCAUGUUCUGGUUCACGAGCAGCCACCGGACGGGGGUGCUGACGGAGCAGCAGCUGCGGGACACGGUGCAGACCAACAGCGACAUGAUUGUCAAGAAGGCGGUCAGUCUGGCCCAGGCGCCCGUGGGCAACCUGCCGGCGACGCAGACGGUCAUCGACCUCAUAAGUAAGGCGGUGGCGCCGACGAACCUGGCGCUGUGUGACGCGCUGUGGAUGCCGUACCUUUGA